CAGCUCCGAAGCAAAUUGUUGACAGCGUUACGAACCUGUGGAAUCAAGCCGCCAGCCGUCACCCAGGGAGAGCUAUGGAAAAUAAAAGAUAUAUUCAUCCUUUGCUCUUAUUAUUGACUUUUAUUGCCAAGGCGAGUGGUCUUGGAGAGGUCAUAUAUGCUGUGAAUGCAGGUGGUGAUGCACACAUAGAUGUUUAUGGAGUGAGAUAUGAGAAGGACCCUCUAACGGGGAAGGUUGGAACGGCAUCAGAUUUCGGAAAGCAGCUGGUCAUUGGGAGAGUCCCGCCAGGAGAUCAGGUGUUUGAUGUAUCUAUGAAUGGAGACCUGACAGUUAUUCCAGCACUGGACAUCUUUGGUCGUGUAGGACGUGGUGUAGCACAUGAUGAGUAUGUUCCCUUCACCAUUGCCGGCAACACGCUCAUAGUUGGAGGGCAGGAAACCACCCUCCGAGGUAGUAAACUCAGGGUUGAUUUUGUCAAGGGCUAUAGGGAUAACCCGAAAGUAAAUGCAAUCUUUGUCAUAAAAGGAAGACUUGAUGAUGUUCCCAAGCUACAGCCAUUACCCAGAGAAGAGGAUUUAGAUAAUGACAUCGAGGAGCCACGACCAAACACCAACAGCUUGAACCAAAAUGCCAAUAACCAAAAUAACAAACAGCAGUCUACGGCCAAACGUCGCCCUAGUGGGCCCCGGACCCCAGACCCAUAUGCCUCAGAUGACACUAGCUCAAUGCUGCCUGUGUUUGUGGCUAUUGGGGCAGCUGUGCCCAUUCUCUUUUGUCUGUGCAAACUGUGAUGACUGUGUUUCUUGUGGAUUUGCCAGGGGUCAGAUCUAAUGUUGUAUUAAGUCUAAUUUCUUCUUUUGUAUACUUAUGAUCAUUUUAUUUAUACCAUUGUUUGCAAACAAUACUUGCCAGUGAAGAAGAUAUUUGAUUAGUGUAAAUUACUUAAAAAAAAAAAAAAAAAAAAAAAAAAAAACUGAGGUUUUCAGAAAGUGUAAAUGGCCAAAUGAUGACAGUAUUAGAAUGAUAGUGAGUAUUUAUAAAUGUUCUUAUAAUCCUUACAUACUAAGGAUUAACUUUGGUGCUCGAAAUUUAUUUUAAACUAACACUGUUCAUAAAACCAGAGUAUGAAUUGAGAUUUGAGUCCUCUUGGUGGAUCAAGAUGGAGCUUGGAUAUUGGGAACUGCAGUGAGAGGGUAGGUGUACUGUGCCAUUAUUUUUACUAGUCUUGGUGGUGCUUACAGUCUUGUAUAGCAACAAAGUGUAAUGAUGUGUGGGCCAUUGAUGUAUUGUCUUCUUUUUUCAUUAUAUAAACACCAAAGAUUCCCAGUUAAGUGCACUGGAGGCUUUAAAGUGUUUCCUGGACUCCUUGAAGCAAGCAUUUGUGAAUUGUUGAAAUUUCAGCUCCUUUUAAGAUGCAAUGAGGAAUAAUGUUUAUAUGGUAAUGAUUUUCCUGAUUGCAUUUUAUAUUUGGUUAAGUAAGCACUGGUAAUUAUUGAAAGUGUACUUGUAGUUUCUUUAUUAUUUGUUAUUUUUCUUUUUUCUUUAAAUGUGACAGAGGGUUUUGACAGGUGAUUGAUAAUGGCCCAAAUAUUAGUAAGAUAAUUGCCUGUAUUUUUGUAAAUGUGACUGAUCCUUUCUGUCCAGGAUUCCACGUAAGAACAAGAUGACAUGUACGAGAAUUCUUGUCAUAUUGCGUCCAUUACUUAAGAUAAGGGGAUUAAUUACUUUUUAACAAGUGUUGAUAUGUAGUUAUGUAUGAGCAGGAUCAUAUUUCUUAUAUUGGAAAGGGAAAUGAACCUUUUGUAGUUGAUAUGACAGCACAAUUUAAUUGGUUGUUGCUCAUCCACACUUGAGAUUUUUAUUUUGUCAGUAGCGCUUGCACAAUAUUCAUAUGGGGAUCCCCUAUCAGAGGAAAUACAUAAUCCCCACCAUGCACGAUUAGAUUAUGCAUUAUUGUCUUAUCAGUGUUAUUUAUUAAUUUUUGUAACUUCAUUUAUUUGUUUAUGUAUAUAUUUUUAUCCCCCUUCCCUGUUGGCGCUACUGUAUACAGUUGGUACUGUAAGUUAUGCUACUUAAAGGAUAGGGAAUGGACUUGAAUUGGUAGUUUUUUCACCAAGAUGUUUACAAAGUACAGUUUGUUUUCUUGUGUUUCUGUGGUACAUGACAUUCUUUCGAUCAGUAUCCACAGUUAGAAUAGCUGCAUAGUAUAAAAAGAUGCAUAUUUAAACUUUAAAUGUUUAAAAAGAAGAGUGAAUUGGCUCAUAUUAGUAUUUUCUAUCAUUACUAGAAGAAUUUAUGGGUGAUAUUACAUUUGGUUUAUUUCUUUGAGUUAGCUCACACAUAUGAAUCAUGACAUAGAAGCCUAUGCAUGGGAAAAGUUGUAAUGAUUUAAUAUGAAGUAUUAAGUAUUAAUAUUGCUAAGACAUGAAAAUUAGCAUGAAGUGUGAGAGUUAAUGAUUUUGAGUUAUUAUGCUGUACUUACAAUCUUUUAUUUCUUUUAAGUUAUAUUAACAGUGUCAAUAUAUUGUUAAUGAUUUAUAAGUUACCAAUGUUGAUAUUCACCAUUUUAUUGUGGGAAAAUUUUUUGGUGCCAUUUCAUUCAUAGCCUCUUGUCUUUAUGAGGAUCAGUCAGGGUAAAGUUGGUAUUGAUCUUUUUUUGUUUUUAUUUAUUACUUAUUUUAGAGAACUGGGGGACAGUUUUUAAUGGUCAAAAGUACAAAAAUUAUGAGGGAUUUCAUCCAAAUUAUUUCCUCAAGGAUAGGCUGUUGGAACAAAUUUAAUGGCUUUCAUUAUAAUUUUCUUGACUGUAAUAUAAUACACAGAUGGACCUGUUGGUUUUGGGAGAAUCCAGUCUUAUUCUGUUGCAAAGCUUUCUCUUGUGAUUUUUAAGGAAGAUAAUGAAGUACUGGAAUGCUGACAGCAGUAUUUGUUGAGGGUGUUUCUUUGGUUUUGCUGUUUAGGUUUUUGCAUGGCGGUUGUUUGUAAGCUGCUUAUUCUGUUGGAUUAGCUUAUGAGUAUGUGUAAACAAAUUGGGCAUUAAAGCUGUUUUUUAAAGGAUGUCUGGUUGAUUAGGCUACAACAAAAACUGGGAAAAAAAUUUGGAAUCUUGAGAUGAAGCUUUGGCACAAAUGCUGUAAUUAAUAAUUUUUUCUUCAUUAAUGAAGUCCAGCGGGAGGAAAUUAUCGUUGAACAAAAUUAUUUAUAAUAAUGCCAUUUUUUAAUGUAGUUUUGUUUUUCUGGGUCAUUUUUAUAAAUACUUUAUUUUACUUUUGCUAUCUACAAAUUUAUAUUAGAGAUUUGUAUUUGUAGUGAGAUUGUUAUUUGUUGGUGAAGUUUGUAGUCUGUAUGGAAUUCAUAAGAUGGGCUGUAAUAUUUUUAUAAGGGCAUAUUCUGAGUGUAUUUCUUUAAAGUAAUAAUAAAAUCAAUUAUUCAGCACUCCCUUUGGGAUAGGUUAGUUUACAUCUUUAGGUCUCUGAGUCACCCUUGUAGUUGAGCUUGUUAACAGUUAACAUGGUAUUAGUUCAGAAUCCUCCUUCAGCUCUUGUACCAUUUUAUGUAUUGUGUUGUCUCAAACUGUUUUUUUUUUUUCGGUGCAGUUCCUUUGAUUAUUUAUGACACCUUAUGCACAAUAUUCAGAUGAAACAGAGGCUACAAGUGGUUCUGCAUUGCACAAGGGACACUACACAGGGUUUUUGCUGGAUGAACAGUUGGAGGAAGUAUCUGUGUGUUGUAUCUGCUUGAUGGAUUAGCUGGCAGGAAUACAAUACAUGUUAAGGGAAGGGAAGGGAGGGCAGGGAGAUUCAAGAUCGUGUUUGGUAAAGUUUUGCCACAUUCUUUAGGGGGGGGUUUGGUCUUAGAAUUAGAAUGAAAAGGCCUUAUUUCUUGAAUUUGUUUAUUUGAUGUACGAGAGGAAUGAAUUAGGAAUUGAUUCUCAAACUUGUCACUUGGUAAUAUUAAUGUUAAGACAUGCUUAAAUUAAGUAUCAUCAUAAGGAUUACUUUUGCAUUCCAAUCAGGCAUUCCUUUUGUUUUAUGAGAUAAGUUAUAUAAAGUGAUAUUUUAGCAAAUACAAACCAUAGUCUUCUUCUCUUAUCUUAUGAGAGGCAAGCAAAUUAUCUAUCUGUAACCAUUAAAUACUGUCUUUAUAACAUAUAUUUGAAUAUUUAAUCCACACUUGAUCUCGCCCACAAGCUUGCUUAAAUGUGGCAUCACUUUAUGGAAAUGGAGUUGAAUCAUAGCACACUUAUUCUUGUCAACUCUUGGCUAUUGGUAUGGCUCAUCCAUGUGUUUCGAAGUUUUAUUGACAAAGUCCUGUUUUUUGUCAGAUGUGUACUCUAGAUGGCUCUCUCAUACUGACUCAUUCAGCAAAGGCUGUUAUUUGUUUUUUGUUCAUGGUGUGUAAGUUGAUUUUUCUCUGCUGUGACUGCACAGACAUGGAAAAAUGGUAAUUAGCUUUUUUCUUUUCCUUUCUUUUUUCCAUAUGGAGUAAGGAAAAGGCUAGUCAGUGUUCAGGGCAGAACAGCAGUGAAGCCAUACUGUGACAUUUCAUAAUCUCAUGCUACAUGUAGUUAGUCAUCAAGUCAGUCAUCUUCAAGUCAUCUUCAGAUGUAUUAUUGAUGGGUAAGGGUGACUAUGCAGAUUAUUUAUCAUAUAGUUUUUAUUUUGAUACAUUGGUAUGGAUUUUGUUGCAACUCCUGUACAAGUGAGAACAUUUGAAAGCUCAUUACACUCAUUCAAAUUGUUUUAGUGAUGGCUUUGCUUCUGUUGAGUGCCCAGUGGCCAUUUGUGUUCAAAUUUAAGGGACCUGUUGUAAUUCAUGAAAGAAAAUAAAAACAGGUAAUGGCA